AUGCCUAUUACUUUUACAACAACCAAAAAUCCACCGCGUGCAUGGGGACUCCAGAGGGUAGCCAAGGUCGAAGAUCUCUUCGAAAAGUCUUGUCCAAAAGAGCAUAGCGACGGAAAAAAGUUGAUCGGGAACUCAUUUGCCAAAGACUUCUUCGACACAUCCCACAUCUCCGCAUCCGAAAAUGGCUUUGUCUGGGCCGUGUUCAACGCCUAUAGUCAUCACCACAACCUUAUACUCCGACCCGAAGACAUUUGGUUUACCAUUCUGUCGCAGCUCAGUUUCUUCAUCGUGGCACUUUCCGAGGAACUGCGACAUCUAUUCGUCUCGCAUAAGGAUUCAGUACACCUAAACAUUAUCACAAAUGAUACCAUGGACACUGUGGACUUUGGUGAAAUGGCGUUGGAUAUGACCAAACUAAUGGAAGAGCAUGUGGUGAAUCCGGAGCUACGGAACUGGAUUAUGCCAGCCUUUAGCACCACGACUGCAUCCGAUGAGGUGGUGGCAGCUAUAUUGAUGAUGGGCUCUAUGCAGAAGUAUUUCUCAUACCAAUUUACCAUCCGGUGCGGAAUUCCGUCUGUCACUUUACUCGGCCAGCGUGAGGACUGGGCACUUAUGGCAACGAAGCUUGAUCAGCUAGCUCACCUAGGGGAUGAGCCUGCUCGAUUUGCUCAGCUUCUUCGACCGGUUCUUAACAACUUCGUUGCUGCCUUCGACAACCCCGAAGCACCGGAUGUACUGAGCUUCUGGAGCAAAUGUGCAGACCGAAGAGGCGGGGCAAGCGGGCCAACCUAUCUGACAGGCUGGAUAUCGGUCUUUUGUUUCUGGGGUAAUGAUGGAAAGUUGCUUCACCCAGAGUCAAUCUUUCCAGCAUCCUCGCAAGACUUUAAGUUACGGGACACGAAGUUCGGUCUUGAUGAGGCUUUGUCACGCUGCAUAGACACAGAGAAAGUCCCUCUGGGCUAUGUUUCCGUGCCGGUUCUAGUUAAUAAUCUUGGACACGAAUUCGACGCUGUGAUGUUGGCCGGGUUGAUCGGCAUACAAGCCACUUCGAGUGGAGCGAUGCUAGAUGGUUCUGGAGGCCAUGAUUACGGGCGAACCCUUCCAUAUUUCGUGGAAAAUAACUACCAGAUGAAACGCUGUAACGCGGCCAUUCCCACUGGGCAACCUGGACUUGAUUCGAUUCAGCCGGUGUCCGGGUGGUUGAUGUAUGAAAAGAAGAAGCCAAAGUGUGCCAAAAAGAAACCAGUUCCCAAACCACCUAGGGUAUUGGAUUGGUCGUUGGCCAGACAAGACAAGUGA